CGCCGACGUUCAGCGACAAGGACGUCAAGGCAUACCUCGCGAAAGUGGCUCCCGUGACCAAGGAGGAAGCAAUUCCGGACCCGUGCUACAAGGCCCUUCCCGAGGGCGACCAGCAUGCCUUCUGUAUGGAGACCAAGAGGCAGAUACACGACCUUGCGUACCUUGCCAUGACGGCGAGGCGUGCGAGGGAUAUCCAACUCGCAGAGAACCACGACAUAAAUAUCGCAAUCCACAAGUGCAUGAUGCAGGACACGAUGCCAGUCAGGCAGCUGCUGGGAGAAUACAAGGACAAGCUCGAUCGUGCCGUCGAGCGCCUGAGGGGGACACAGGCCAGAAUCAAGAAUCUGGAGAUCCAGGAGACGGAGAACACGAACGACGUAGCCCAGCUGAAGAUGCGUAUUCAGGAGCUCGAGGAGCUCAUUGCCGAAGACGAUGUGGCGAUGCAGUUCCAGCAGAUACAUCUCGGAUCGCCGUCAGGGCCGCCAGCGCCACAGCAGGUGCCAAAGCAAGCCAUCCUGCAGCCAGCUGCUCAGCGAGUGCCCCAGGAGGCGCAGCAGCCACAGCAGCAGCAGCAGCAGUUCUACGCACAGCAGGACCCGUUCAUGGAGUUGCGAGGGCUACUGAUAGGGUUAGCCAGCAGACAGAACGAAUCGGAAAAGGUCCUCGGCCAAGUGGUGCACGCCUUCCAGGCGCAGCAGGCCCAGCAGCAGCAGACACAGCAACAUAUGCCCAUGGGGAUGCAGCCGCAGCAGCCUCAACAGACGCCCGCGGAG